CCCUCCACCUCCCACCGCCACCUCCAAGCUGGGAGACUGGGCCAAGGAGGCGAGGAGGCGGCGGGAGUGGGGCGAGGAGAGGAGCAAGUUGAGGAGGAGGAGGGGGAAGAGGAUCAGGGACUCGGGCUGCCCAGGACCCAGUCCCGGCAGCAGCUGCAGCAGCGCCAGCGCGUGGAGGGCAGGGCAAGGGCUGGGGGGCCCUGCUAUGCGCAGCUCCCGCCCCUCUGGUCCCCGGCUCAAGUCUCGAGCCCGCGGAGAUUCGGGGUAGAGACCUCAGGCGGCGGUGGCCGCUAUGAUUGUCUGGGCGGCCCUGGGCCUCCUCUGCCUGCGGCUGGCUUUGGGACAGAGCAUACCUGAGCCAGACCCUGCCACACACACCCCGGCUGCCAAGGGUGACCUCCUCUUCUUGUUGGACAGCUCAGCCAGCGUCUCCUACUACGAAUUCUCUCGGGUGAAGGAGUUUGUGGGGCAGCUGGUCCAGCCGCUGCCCUUGGGCCCAGGGGCCGUGCAGACCAGCAUGGUGCACGUGGGCAGUAAACCCAGAGUCGAGUUCCCCUUUGACCAACACCGCUCGGGGGCUGCUGCCCAGGAGGCCAUCCGGGCAGCCAAGCAGUUGAUGGGGGAUACCAACACUGGGCUGGCCCUGGACCUGGCCAAGGAGCAGCUGUUUACCACCAAGGCCGGUGCCCGGCCUGGCGUGCGCAAGGUGCUGGUGUGGGUGACCGAUGGCGGCUCGAGCGAUGAUGCCCAGGGCCCCAUGCAGGCGCUCAAGGACCUGGGGGUGACCAUCUUCAUCAUCAGCACUGGCCGCGGCAACUUCCUGGACCUCUCUGCGGCUGCCUCCCAGCCCCCCGAGAAGCACUUGCGCUUCGUGGACGUGGAUGACUUGCGAAUUGUCGUCCCUGAGCUGCGGGGCUCCAUCCUAGAGGCAAUGCGGCCCGAGGAGCUUCACGCCACCGAGGUCACAUCCCAUAGCUUCCGCCUGACAUGGCCGCCCCUGCUGUCCGGUGACUCAGGCUACUACCUGUUGGAGGUGGCGCCCAGUGCUGACCCUGGCACCAAGCAGAGCCGUCACUUGCUUGGGAAUGAGACCAGCUGGUUCUGGGAUGGCCUGGAACCCAGUACCACGUACAAGGUGGUCUUAGUGCCUGAGUCCAACCUGCAGUACCUGGCCCCACAGACUACCCAAGUCACCACUCUGGAAGAAGAGGUCGGCCCAGCCCGGAUCCUCAUCUCCCACUCAAAGCCUCACAGCUUUCACGUGAGCUGGGCCCCGACACCCGUGGGCGUGCUCCGGUAUGAGGUCCUGUAUGGACCCCUGCCUAGGGGUGAGGCCCAGCUCCUCGAGGUGCCAGCCACUGAGAACAGUACCACGCUGGACAAUCUGUCUCCCAACACCACCUACCUGGUCACCGUGGCUGCCAUCUAUCAGUCUGGCCAAGAGAAAGCCUUGUCGGCGAAGGCUUGUACGCAAGAAGUGGCCUCCAAGAUUGGGCGCCUCUACUUCCAGAGCCUGGGCCCUAGCACUGUGAAGGCCUCAUGGGACUCAGCAGAGGGAGAUGUCCAGGGCUACCAGGUACGGUGCCGGCGGCAGGUGGGGCCCCCGUCCCUUCUCAGCGUCUCACCGCAGACCCACAGUGUCAUCCUCACGGGCCUGGCUGCUGGCACCACCAACCGUGUGUGUGUGACGCCCAUCUACCAGAGCCACGCGGGGCCUCAGCACUGCCAAGCUGUCCACAUGCACCCUGUCACGCCGGCUCCUGAGUAUCGACCCACUUAGCCAUGCCGCAACAUGCUCUUAAUCCCAAAUAAUGGAGGAGAGCUGAGCCUUUCCAUCAGAAACAGACCAGAGGGGAAAGCACUGGGCCGAAGAGAUUGGGGAGCAAAGACGGAAUCUCUGUGGCUAGUUGGCUUUCCCGUCAGUCCUUUCUCAUCCCUUGCAGGGUUCCUAUAUCCAGCGGGUCAGCAGUCAGCUUGGGUGGUCCUCAAGGACUUGGGUCCAAAGCCUGACACGCUGAUGGCUCAGCCAUGGGCCACAGACUCACUCUCUUCUCUCUUGUACUAACACAUAUGUUGUCGAUGACCUGCCCAAAGUGAAGAGUUGAGGAAAUGGGAAGGUAUUGGCCUGAGACCUUGUCUCUAUUUUCCUAGGCCUGAUUUCCCUAGAAUACGAGGGGAUGGAGAUUGUGACCCAGAUCUUGGUUGGGGACGCUGAGCAGGGCUGGCCAUGGUUAUAGAAUGUAGGCAGAUAAGGGAUACUGGGAUGACCCCUGCCCUCUCAAAUUUGCCCCCCCUCCUAAUCCUAAAGGUUUUUCCACAACAUGAGAUUUCCCCCCAGUUAGGAUUCCAUCUAUUCCUCCUCUUGCCAUGAGGCAGAGCCUUUCCUUAAGUGCAGAUUUCCUCCCCAUCUCCAACAAGGAGGUCACUAACACCCAAGGGUGCAAGAAUUGCAUCAGAUCUUUCUCCAAGGUGAAGAGCAUUGGAGGAGAGGGCACCAGGAGGGGUCUAUGGUUAAAAAAAACCAAAACACAAUCUUCCCUGGGUUGCUGUGGCCAGGCAGCUGGUCCUUAGGGUGACGAAGACAGAUUCUGUCAGUGGGUCUGUUCUUGACCUGAGCUCCAUGUCAGAGCCCCAGGUCACCUCUGUGCCAAACAAGAAGGAGAAAUUUUGUGUAACUCAGCCAAUGUUAAGUAUCUAUCAUGUGCCUGACACUGGGGGUACGAAACAAAAAGUGAAUGAGUCCCUUCCCUCAAGGAGCUUCCAUUCUACUAGUCAUUGGAAGGGUCUACUAGAGGAGUGAAAAUCAAAAUAAUCGGAAACCACUUUGCUCAAGGGCCCCAGGGUGGGGACAGUGGGAGAUGGCUGUAUUUCCAGUGUUUUGCCCUGCCCCUCCCUACAAGGGGUUCUGGUUUCUCUUACACUCUGCUAACCUUUUCUAGUAUUAGUUCCUCUUUGCGGUUCAGGGGGGUGGCCCUGGGGUACUUCUAACUCCCAAGCUCAUGCUAAGUAGGGCUCCAAAGGGAGAUCCCUGUGUUCAGAUCCUGGUCAGUGGAUGUCACGUUCACCUGCUGAUUUUCACACAGGCUAUCCUGAACUAACUAAAUGCUUUGGUUUUUCCCCUUGUUUCCCCACUAAUGUAACAGACUUUAAAAUGACAAUAAAUUAAGCCUACACAGAG